AUGGAAGGAAAGGACCCAGAUGCGGAGGUGCUGAAAUCCCAUAACCAAAACUCGUCUGAAGAGGCUGGUCCGGAUGCUCCCAACAUUCUUUCCGAUGAUACCGACAAGUCUGGGGAAUCCGGGGAGAAUGCCGAGGAUAAUGAUUUCACCCCAAAUGAAUCAUCGAUGAAGUCCAAUUGCUGGAAACCUAUUAUCGAUGCGUUACUAUGGGCGCCGCCAUGGUGCCGAUGGCAUAAAGAGAGCCCACCCAAGUUUGGGAUGCCAUUAAAUAUCCUCUUUGCCUUUGCUGGAACGUUUACGGUUGCCAAUCUUUAUUAUGCACAACCUCUUUUGGAUACACUUGCUAGCUUUUUUGAUGUGUCUCAUGAGCGAGCAUCCCUAAUUCCUACCUGCAGCCAAGCUGGCUAUGCAACAGGGUUAAUUCUUCUCUGCCCCUUGGGUGAUUUGGUUCGGAGAAGGCCUUUUGUCCUUCUUCUGACAUUUAUAACGGCGACUCUAUGGAUUGGCGUGUGUAUCACCAAUUCCUUCAAUGCAUUCCUCGCUAUAAGCUAUCUUUCUUCGGUUACCACUGUUACGCCGCAAAUCAUGCUUCCCCUGGUGGGAGACCUUGCUCCGCCAGCUCGACGCGCAACGGCAUUAUCGAUUGUGUCAUCAGGACUAGUCCUAGGCCUACUAUUCGCACGACUCCUUUCAGGAAUCAUCGCCGAAUACUCUUCGUGGAGAAACAUUUACUGGCUAUCCCUUGCACUGCAAUAUGCAAUCUUCAUCUUGCUCUGGGCAUUCAUGCCAGAUUACCCACGAACCAACACCGACAUCUCCUACCUAAAAGUCCUAACCUCAAUCGUGCAACUAUUCGUUACCUCCCCAGUCCUGGUAUACGCCACAUUCAUGGGAUUCUUCCUAUCGGCAACUUUCACCAGUUUCUGGACAACGCUCACCUUCCUCCUAUCUGGCGCACCCUACCACUACAACACAGUGACAAUCGGACUGUUUUCGUUAGCAGGUCUAACUCCAAUGUUUCUCGGUCCCUUUUAUUCCCGAUAUGUCAUCGAUAAAUUCGUUACGCAUGUGUCUAUUCUCAUUAGCUUAACUAUCUUGCUUACUGGAAUCUGCAUCGGUGCGUAUACGGGUACAUUUUCGGUGGCAGGCCCCAUUCUACAAGCAGCGUUGCAGGAUUUUGGUCUCCAGAUGACGCAGAUUGCGAACCGAACUGCUAUAUACAGUGUUGCGCCGAAAGCGCGAAGUCGGGUCAAUACUGCCUAUAUGAUUGGAGUUUUCUGUGGCCAGCUUAUGGGAACUGCAGUUGGGAAUCGAGUCUAUGGUGAAAGUGGAUGGAUUAUGAGUGGGUCCGUCAGUGUGAUCUUUGUUGCGGUCUCAUUUGCCAUUUGCAUGAUACGGGGCCCGGCUGAGAAGGGAUGGGUGGGAUGGAGCGGUGGCAUUCGGAUUCGUCAGGUCGAAACACAGUAA